AAACACUUAACGCUGAAUCUUUUUAAACCCUUGUUGUUUCUUCUCUUUCUUUCUCUCUCAGUAAGCACCGAUCAGAAUCACACUUCCACUCUCUGUCUCUUUUCUGCUAAAACAUGGCACCUAAAAAUGAUGGAUCUGCCAAGAAAGUAAUGAACAAAGGAGCUUGGACGGCUGAAGAAGAUAGAAAACUUGCUCAGUGUAUUGAAAUUCAUGGGGCUAAGAGGUGGAAAACUGUUGCUACUAAAUCAGGGCUAAAUCGAUGUGGGAAGAGUUGCAGACUAAGAUGGUUGAAUUAUUUGAGACCCAACAUCAAAAGAGGCAACAUUUCGGACGACGAAGAGGACUUGAUUCUUCGACUCCAUAAAUUACUUGGCAACAGAUGGUCGUUGAUUGCUGGGAGACUUCCAGGACGAACGGACAAUGAAAUUAAGAAUUACUGGAAUUCUCAUUUGAGGAAGAAGAUAAAUAAAAAUGAGAAACAGCCACAACCAGUGCUUCUGCAAGAAACUACCCAUCAAAACAUCUCCAAAAUAAAUGAGGUUAAUGAAGAUGACAAAGGAAUUGGGAAUUCCCAAGUCAACUUUGAUGUUAAUGAAUUUUUCGAUUUUUCUACUGAAGGAUACGAUUUGGAUUGGGUUAAUAAAUUUCUCGACCUAGAUGAGGAAUCUUGGCUCACUCAUUAAAUAUGAGCAUUGUAUCAAUAUCUGUCUUCUCUUUUAUAUAAAUAAAUUUAAAGGAGUUGGUUUUAGAUGUAA